AUGUCGUCGAAAUCGAACACUAUCAUCCUGGGCACUGCCCUCGGGAUAACGUCUUCGGCCAUGUUCUUCGGCGCCAACCUCGGCGUCUCAUUCCUGACCGUCCCCAUACUUCUGCUACCUUCUCCUCCAUCAGCUUUGCCAGCACCAGCAAACUCCGAUAAUAGAGCUUCUCCGACAUCCACCUCUGCUCAGAGACCGGCGACGAAAUUUCCGCAUCUCGCUCGGCAAUGGCAGGUCGCCUACAACAUUGGAAAGAAAGCGGGCCCGUUCUUCGCUCUGCUUGCCAGUGGAAAUUGGCUAUAUACAGCUAGGAAGCUGCCAACGGAGGCAAAACUCCAGCAGCGUCUGCUCUUAGCUGCAACGGUUCUCUCAGUAUCCAUCAUGCCCUUUACAUUGGGAAUCAUGAAGCGGACAAAUGACGAGCUACAUCGCCGAGCGGAUGCUGCAACGAGAGGUGAGGAGGAAGACUCCAAAGCAGACGCCCAGAAGGGGACAGUCGAGAAGUAUGAGACCCAUGACCUUCUCCGCUGGUGGGCGAAAUUGAAUUUCAUGAGAGCUUUGCUGCACCUCGGGGCUAUUGCUUGUGCCACCGCAGCUCUGGUUCAGUAA